AUGGCGCCAAUUAAGCGCAAGGGAACUACUGGAGACGAUUCCGCCACAAAAAACCAAAAGCGUGCGCGAGUCAGUUCAGACGCCGUUAAAGCAGGGUCUCAAUCAAAAAAAUCCAAGCAAAGCAAGGAUACCGCAGAAGAGACUACCAGUCGAGAUGCCGCGGUCUCCGUCUUGCGCAAUGAGGAGUCUUCCUUUCCUCGUGGAGGUGGAAGUGUCCUGACUCCACUCGAGCGCAAACAAAUUCAGAUCCAGGCCACUCGAGAUGUUCUUUUCGAGCAGAAGCGAUCCGGAAAAUCGACCGAAGGACUCGACGAUGGCAUUUCAGACGAAGACAUUGACAUGCAAGACGAGGGUAAAAAGCCUGCUACUACCAAGAAAUCACGAAAGUCGAAGAACAAAAAGUCUCGAGAUUCAGAGAAGAAGACCAAGGAAGGAGUUCGGGUUGAAGGUCUCAGUUUCAAGCGUUUGACCAUAGGGACGAUGGUUCUCGGGCAAGUCACCAGCAUCAAUUCCCACGAUAUCGGCUUAGCACUUCCCAACAAUCUGACAGGUUACGUUCCGCUGACUGCGAUCUCGGAAGUAUUCGACAAGAAGAUUGAAAAUGUUCUCAAUGCGGAGGAUGAGAACGAAGACGACGAUUCAGAAGAAGACUCUUUGGAUCCCUCGGAUUAUUUCUAUGUUGGACAGUACCUGCGUGCAUACGUGACAUCUACAGGAAGCAGUGCAGUAGAGGCUGGGACUGCCAAAAUCAAAAAGAAGAUCGAGCUCUCCCUUGAUCCGAGACAGGCGAAUACGGGCCUUUCAGAGUCCGAUCUCGUUGAAGGCGCCAUGGUUCAGGCUUCUGUCGCGAGUAUAGAAGACCAUGGAUGUGUCAUGGAUAUCGGCCUAGGAAAGAAAGGGGCCAAGGGCUUCAUGGCUUCCACUGAUGAGGCGAUUCAAUCAAACAUCAAAGAAGGUGCCGUGCUUCUCUGCAUUGUUACCGGUGUCAACGCUAGCCGAACGAUCUUUCAACUCUCUUCCAAACUACAAACUGCUGCCUCGCCCAAGUCUGUUCUCAAAUCUGCACCGACGAUCCAGACUUUCCUUCCUGGAACAGCAGCCGAAAUACUUUUGACUUCGGUCACAGAAACCGGGUUGGUCGGAAAAAUCAUGGGCCUGCUAGAUGCUACUGUUGAUUUUGUUCACUCAGGCGCAAAUUCGGGGUCUUUUAAUCUUACUACAAAGUACCAACUUGGUGCAAAAAUUAAGGCCAGAAUAACGUGCACGUUUCCUGCAGCGGAACCAUUCAAGGUUGGUGCCUCUGUUCUGGAAAAUAUUUUGGAAUGGAGACGCACACCAUCCACCCAGGAGGUUUCAUCGCCCUCAAUUGGAACAAUCUUGGAUGCCAGAGUCACGACAGUUGAGCCUGGACUAGGUCUUUAUGUAGAGUUUGGCUCUCUCAAACAUCUUGGUUUCGUUCACAUCUCCAGGGUCGCCGAUGGCACUGUGGAGAGCAUAUCAGCAGAGCAGGGUGCAUUCAAGACCGGCAGCACACACAAAGCACGAAUCAUCGGCCACAAUUCUGUGGAUAAUCUAUAUUUGCUCUCUUUUGAGAAGAAGGUGAUUGAUCAACCCUACAUUCGACUUGAAGAUGUCCCUCUAGGCGAAGUCGUCAAAGGAAAGAUUGAGAAGUUACUCAUAGGCCCAGAAGGAAUUGACGGCCUUAUUCUUUCAAUUGCAGAUGGCAUUACAGGUUUAGUUCCGUCUAUGCAUUUUGCUGAUACCGUAUUACAACACCCCGAGAAGAAAUUCCGGGAAGGCUUGGCCAUCUCUGCUCGAGUCCUCUCGGUCAACCUAGAAAAGCGACAGAUGCGGCUCACCUUGAAGAAAAGUUUGCUAAACAGUGAUUCUGCCAUCUGGAAAGACUACAACGACAUCGUCCCCGGUCAACAAUCUCCAGGAACACUGAUUAACAUCCAACCGAAUGGUGCAACUGUCCAAUUCUACGGGACUGUUAGAGGUUUCCUUCCAGUUUCUGAAAUGAGCGAGGCGUAUAUCAAAGACCCGUCUCAACACUUCAGAAAGGGGCAGGUCGUUAAUGUCCACGCAAUUAGCGUUGAUAUCUCCUCGGACAAGCUUGUGGUUUCUUGCAAAGAUCCCUCAACAUCAUCCGAGGCCUACAGAGAAGCCUUUAGCGAAAUUCGCCCAGGAGUGUCAGUCACUGGUACCGUCUUUGAGAAAUCCAGCGACGAUCUGCUUUUGAAACUCGACAAGUAUGGCGUGACAGCCAGACUCAGCGCUGUUCACCUUGUUGAUGGUGACGCAUCCAAAGCGGCAUCCGCUUUUGCUAAGAUCAGAGUCGGUCAGAAGCUUUCGGACCUCUUAGUUCUCGAAGCCAAGCGAGUCCACCGGCUGAUCAAAGUAACACACAAGCCAAGUCUCAGGAAGGCGCUAAAGAAAAACAGUCUUCCAUCAACAUUCGAAGAGCUUGAAGUAGGUACGGAGGUUACGGGUUUCGUGAGAGGAACAACGUCCCAUGGUGUUUUCGUGGAGUUCCUUGGUGGGCUCAAUGGGCUGUUACCAAGACGUCUUGUCGAUGAUGAACACUCCAACAUGCCAGAUUUUGGGUUCUAUCCUUCUCAAGCCUUGACUGCAACCAUUCAUCAGAUCGAUGAGGACCACCGGCGUUUCACAUUAACCAUGCGCCCGGUAGAGCUACCAACAGCUAGCCGACAGGCACAAUCGAAAGAGAGGCCUCUCCCUGAAGAUGAGAAGCCAGUGAACCCAGUCGAUGAAAGCAUCCAGACCGUUGCCGAAUAUACUGUCGGAAAAGUCACAAAGGCUAGAAUCUUAUCUAUCAAGGAGACACAGAUCAAUGUCGUUCUUGCGGAUAAUUUGCAAGGACGUAUCGACGUCUCAGAGGUCUUUGACAAAUGGGAAGACAUUAAGGACCGCAAGCAGCCUUUACAGAAGUUCCGCGUCAAGGAGAUCCUUCCUGUACGUAUCUUGGGCCUCCACGAUGCUCGCAGCCAUAGAUUCCUACCGAUCAGUCAUCGAACCAGCAAGCAUCCCGUUUACGAAUUAUCCGCCAAGCCCAGUUUCAUCACUGCCGGUGAACGAAAGCCAUUGAGUCUCGAGCAAGUCAAGGUUGGCUCGUCUAUGAUCGGAUUUGUUAACAAUAUCAACGACGACUAUCUUUGGAUCAGCCUCUCACCCAAUGUUCGUGGUCGAGUACGAGCUAUUGACCUCAGCGAUGAUCUAUCUACCUUGACGGAUCUAGAAAGCAACUACCCGAUGGGAUCGGCUCUCAAGGUUCGCGUGACUGGUGUCGAUUCGGAUAAAGGUCACUUGGAUCUGUCAGUGAAGUCGGGAUCCACGAGGGAGCUUUCAUUCGACAAGCUUUCAAAGGGAAUGAUUCUACCUGGGCGAGUCACCAAGGUUACCGAGAAACAGAUCAUUAUGCAGCUCAGCGAUUCACUUGUCGGAGCCGUGACUAUUACAGACAUGGCUGAUGAUUAUUCCAAAAUUGAUACGUCGAUCUAUAAGAAGAACGAAAUCCUUCGUGCCUGCAUUAUCGACGUUGACAAAUCCAACAAAAAGAUCUUUUUGUCAUUGCGUCCAUCCAAGGUUUUGAGCUCAACACUACCUGUGCGGGACCGGGAGAUUACAUCAAUUGAUCAGCUAAAGGUCAACGACAUUGUCAGGGGAUUCGUUCGCAAAGUUGCCGAUAAUGGUUUAUUCGUGACUUUGGGCCAUAGUGUUUCGGCUUAUGUCCGUAUCUCAGAUUUGUCUGAUUCUUACUUGAAGGAGUGGAAAGAUGAGUUCCAGGCAGACCAGUUGGUUAAGGGAAGAAUCAUCUUUGUCGAUCAAGAAAACAAGAGGUUGCAAAUGAGCUUGAAAGAAUCUGUUCUAGAUUCCAAUUACAAGACUCCCAUUACUAUCCGUGAUCUGAAGCCUGGCCAAAUUGUGACCGGAAAGGUUCGGAAAGUAGAGGAUUUCGGUGCAUUCAUUGUUAUAGACCGCUCCGCCAACGUCAGCGGUCUCUGCCAUCGUAGCCAAAUGGCUGAACAGAACAUCGAUGAUGCCAGGAAGUUAUUCGAGGCCGGGGAUAUUGUCAAGGCAAAGAUUCUGAAAAUCGAUCCGAAACAAGAAAAGAUUUCCUUCGGGCUCAAAGCAUCUUACUUUAAGGAUGAAGAAGGUUUGGAUAGCGAAGAAGGGUCUGAUGAAGAUCUUUCAAUGGAUGAGGCUGGAGGUGUUGAACUUCACAGUGAUGAUAGCGGCGAAGAUAUGUCUAUCGGUGGUGUUGAGAUUGAAGACGGCAGCGAUGAUGAAUCGGAAUCAAGCGAUGACGACGAAGAUGUAACGACAGCAGACGAAAGGGCACAGAACGACAAGGGAGGGCUUGAUGUUGGUGACUUCGACUGGACAGGAGAUGCUGGGCUGUCAAGCACAUCGAAGAUCACCGAUGGUAAAGCCGUUGGCGAAGAGGCUUCGAACAAGAAGAAGCGCAUCCGUAAACCAGAGAUUCAAGUUGAUCAGACUGGUGAUCUUGAUGCUCGCGGUCCCCAGUCUGUGGCCGAUUACGAACGACUGUUGCUUGGUGAACCGGAUUCAUCACUCUUGUGGCUUCAGUACAUGGCCUUCCAGCUGGAACUUGGUGAAGUGGACAAGGCAAGAGAGAUUGGCCAACGUGCUAUUCGUUCAAUCAGCAUAGGCCAGGAUACAGAGAAGUUGAAUAUCUGGGUGGCGUUACUCAAUCUUGAAAAUACCUACGGCACGGACGACAGCCUCGAAGAAGUUUUCAAGAAGGCUUGUCAAUAUAACGACACACAGGAAAUCUACGAGCGAUUGAUCAGCAUUUACAUUCAAUCUGGAAAGAAUGAGAAAGCCGAUGAACUAUUCCAAACAGCGCUCAAGAAGAAAGUGUAUUCUGGACAAAAAUUUUUCAUCAACUACGCAACCUUCCUUUUUGAUACCCUGGCAAAUCCUGACCGCGGCCGUGAUCUUUUUCCACGAGCCUUGCAGUCCUUACCUUCCAACACCCACGUUGACACUACCUGCAAAUUCAUCCAACUCGAGUUCCGGUCACCGAACGGAGAUGUUGAAAGAGGUCGUACUCUGUUCGAAGGUUUACUGUCAUCAUUCCCCAAGCGUACCGAUCUCUGGAAUAUAUUGCUUGACUUGGAAAUAAAACAAGGCGACGCCGACCAAGUCCGUAGCGUCUUCCAGCGUGUUCUUGGAAUCAGCACUGUACUCAAGAAAAAGGGUGCCGUUCCUACACCAGCUUCAACCGAGACGCAGAAGAAGUUGAAGCCCAAGAAGGCCCGUUUCUUCUUCAAGAAGUGGCUCGAUUUCGAGGAGAAGCUUGCUGCCGCUGAAGGUGGAAAUGAGAAGAUGGUGGAGGAAGUUAAAGCUAGAGCCGCUGAUUAUGUGAACUCAUUGCAGGAAAGUUAGACAGUGGGCUAAAUUCGUUGUGUCUCUUUAUGAUGAAAAGUGUUUUCUGUUACAAUUAGGUAUAUGUUCUAGCGUUUUGUUUGGAUGUACAUAU